UGCAUGCUCGGUGCCGCCUCAGCCCCAGCCGGAGGUGGUGGAAGAUGGCGGAGCCGGGGCCGGAUUGCAGCUCUCUGCUCGAUGAGGAUCUUUCCUCCUUCGUCUUCAGUUACCUCGCUGACAGCCAGUAUGAGGUGUCUGGCGAGGAGCACCUCUACUCCGACUUCCCGGAGAUCGAUCUGUCUCAGCUGGAUGCCAGCGACUUCGACUCGGCCAGCUGCUUCAGCGAGCUGCAGUGGUGUGGGGAGCACUCGGAGACAGACUCCAGCCAGUACAGCACUGAUGACUCCGAGCUCUUCCAGAUAAUAGACAGCGAGAACGAAGCACUGCUGGCAGCCCUCACGGAGACAUUGGAUGAUAUACAGGGAGAUGACAUGGGCCUGGCUGCCUUCCGAACUAUGGAAGAGGGGGACACGCUCAACCAUGCCUACACCUCACCUGCCCCCUCCCCCAAACCCACCGCCCCGGUCACGGGGGGGCCGUCCCCGGCCCCCGAGUUUGAUGAGCUGUCUCUACUGAAGAAGUUGCUCCUCUCUCCAUCGCAUGUGCCUCAGAGCUGUGAGGCUCAGCGGGACGGGACCGCCCGGCGCCCGGGGACCCCAAAAUCCCGACCAGCACGGCCCUGCACGAAGGUGGAGGGUCCCCGGGACAGGAGGGUGAGUGUCCCGCAGGCACAGAGCCGCAGCUGCACUGAACUGCACAGGCACCUCACCUCCACCACCCCCUGCUCCCAGACCAAAGCCCCCCAGGCACCCGAGGAGUGCUCCAGUGGUGGCCACCACCCAUCCCCGGGCGACUGUGCCCAUCACGAGGACGACAGUGACUCCAGCGAGGACUCACUGAGCUCUGGUGACUCGGUGACGCCCCUCUCCUCAGCAGAGGAUGGCUCCGGCAGCCAGUUGUCCUGUGAGGGGGAGAUGCACUCCGUGGUGGAGCUCAUCCGCUACAUGCACACCUACUGCCUGCCGCCGCGGAAGCUGCCCACCCGUGACCCCGCCGACGCCAAGCCCCAGCCCUGCAGCAGCCCCUUCAAGAGAGCCAAACCGGACUGUCCCGCACAGCCGGGCCCCCCUGGCAGUGCCCAGAGCCGGCCGGGCUGUGCCUGGCAGGCAGCAGGGGGCUGCAAGAAGCCCGGAGCAUCCUUCUCCAUCCUGAAGGAGCUGCUGGCGCGGGACCUGCUGUGUGAUGUGAGCAAGCCAUACCGCCUGGGCAAGCCCGUGUACGCUGCCCUGGCACGGCCACCCGGCUCCUGCUCCCCUGUGCCGCCAGCCCGGGAUGGGGAGGAUGCCAGUGGGACUUGCACCUCCAGAGUGAAAACAGCACCAGAGAAGGGUGAGCCACGGCAGAGCCUUGGAGCUGAGGCAGAGGCACUGCAGGAGCUGAGUGGCCAUGAGGACAAUGGUGGGAAGCAAGAGGGGACCUCAGGCACAGCCAUGGGGAAGGUGGCCCGCAAGCAGGACAACACUGUUUACGCCGUCCGCCGGUCCAAGAGACUCAACCCCGAGCUCGGGCACUGGCUAUCCUUCCUUGAUGGGCCACCCCCCGAGCCCUCCAUGCCCCUGGCCUGCAGAGAGGCUGCACCAUGCCCAGUGCUGGAGGGAUUCUCUGCCGAAGAGCCUGCGGCUGAAGUGGAGGUGGGGGGCACGGCACCAUCGGCGGAGCCCCAGCCCCUCUCCCUGGGUUCCCCAGUGGAUGGUGAGGUGGGAAACGGAGCUGAGAGCCGGCGCUGUGCCCUCCUGGAGCAAACAGAAACACCCAGAUGUCUCACGCUGUCCUUGGCACAAACUGACCCAGCCUUUGGGAAGAGAAACUUUGAGUCAAUGCUGACUGUGGAGCUGUGUGGGACAGCAGGUCUCACACCACCCACCACUCCGCCAUACAAGCCUGCUGAGGAGGACCUGUACAAGCCAGACAUCCCCCAGGAGCCAGGGAAGGAGGACGGGAUGGCCCCCAGCCCUGGGGGUGCAGGGGAUGUGGCAGCCUCCCGGAAAGCCCCCAGGAAGCACCCCGAGAGGACGGAGCUCUUUGCCCACCUGAGCCGAGCUGCCACCACACGCCCCGUGCUCCCCGAGCAGCAGGGCCUGCUCAAGAGGCCCUUCUCCCGCUCCUUCGGGGACCAUGACUACUGCCAGGUGCUCAAACCCGAGGCUGCCCUGCAGAGAAAGGUGCUCAAGUCGUGGGAGCCCACGAGCCAAGUGGAGACAGAGCACAAGAGGAAGGUCCCAGCUGCCCACUACCAGGGACUGGACCUCGGCAAGGAGGCAGGCGGCGAGACGCUGUGGAAGGAUGGCGUCAAGCAGCUGAGAGACCAGGAGAUCAGAGCCAGCUUAACAAAGCACUUUGGCUUCCUGGACACUGCUCUCGAUGACGAGGACAUGGUCUUCUGCAAGACCCCCGAGUACGACACCGUCUUUGAAGACAGCUGCAGUGAGAGUGGCUCCCCCGUGGAGGAGGAGGAUGAGGAGGAAGAGGAGGAGGAGGAGGAGCAUGGCAACACCAAGCUGUGCCUGCGGAGAAACCCCCUCUCCAGGACCAGUUUGCAUUACUGUUCCCGGAGCAGGUCCAGCUCGGGGUCUUCGUGCUGCCGGUCGCGAUCACCUGCCAGCAGACGCACCUUCAGGUGUGAGAACGGCGAGCAGUGUCAGGGCGGGAGCGGGCACCGGGGCCAGCUGGAGAAGAGACGGGAAAAGGCCAUCGGGGAAGGCCGAGUUGUGUACAUCAGAAACCUCUCCAGCAGCAUGAGCUCCAGCGAACUGAAGAAACGCUUCGAGGUGUUUGGUGAAAUCGUGGAGUGUCAGGUCCUGUCCAGGACUAACAGGGGGGAUAAAUAUGGCUUUAUCACCUACCGGUAUUCAGAGCAUGCCGCCUUAUCUCUGAAGAAUGGCCCCUCCCUAAGGAAGAGGAAUGAGCCUUCCUUCCAGCUCAGCUCUGGUGGCCUUGGGCGCUUCUUCUGGACCAGAUAUGCUGACUUGGAUUGCGGCACGGAGGAAUCCUCCCCAGCUCCAGUGAAAAGCAAGUACGAGACCAUGGAUUUCGACAGCUUGUUGCAGGAGGCCCAGCUAAGCCUGCAUCGGUAACAGCCUUAACCUUGGAGGAAUACCUCAAUACCUCAGUCAAGGCACUUCCAAUAUGUUUACGUUUUCAAAGAAAUUAUUCAGUCUAUGGAAAGCGAGAGAGCGAGAGAGAGCGAGAGCACGCACGCGCGAGAGAGAGACUGCUGUCCCUUCUGAUCGAUGUUUACAUUGAACAAAGCUGCUUCUGUCUGUGAGUCCCCAUGGUGUUGAUGUCUCACUGCCACACGUUAGUCCCUCCGCUUCUGACUGGUUGUUUUAGGGUGAGCCUAGGAGCCCCCCGGCCCCUCUCCCCCUCCCGGCCCUCCCCGUGCUCCCGCCGUGGAGUUGCAGCUGUGUUCACCAUAACAUUUUUUUGUCUGUAGUGUGUGAUGAUGAAAUUGUUAAUUGUGAAUAGAAUCAGGAUUAUAAACUAAUUUUUAAUAGAAGAAGAGAAAAAAAAAAAGUAUAUACUUAAAAAAAUGUAUUUAUGGCUCAGAUGUACUGUAAUUCAGAUUUAUUGUACCGCUUCCUUGAUUUUUAACUAUGCACUGUAAUGAGGCACUUGCCACUCAGCAAAUGGGGGGUCAGAGCAGAGUCCCGGAGCUGACAUUCACCCGCCUGCCCCGCUGGGAAACCGGGGUGCUCGAUGGUUGUGCUGGGGUCAUCCACUUUGCUGUCAAAGCCAUUCUUCUUGCUCACGUGGCCCGAGCUCCGCAGCAGCACCCAGAUGCUGAGCUGGGUCCUGGUGCACGAUGGAGCCAGGGCCAGGCAGCUUUGCAGGUGGGAAGGAGAGGGGUGGAAGAAGGAUGCACUACUUCCAACCAGCACUGCUCCAGCCCUCUGCUGCCUUUGGAGCCAGGAGAGAGGGGUUGGGGGGGCUGGAGCCAGCCAGGCUUGAAUCCAGUGGGUCCUGCUGGCACAGCCUGAGGGAUGGGUAUCUCCAGGUCAGUAUGAGGGAUCUGGCUUCUCUCCAGCCCCUCGGAUGGCUGGGAGACCGGCCGGGCCAAACGGUUUGCUCUGCACUCACUUCCAGCCCCUGCAAAGCAAGUGGGGUGAGAAGACCCAUCUGUGACCCAUCUGUGAUCUCCACUGGGCAGCCAGGUCAAAAUCCAGAGAGGCGGAAGGGGGCACAGCAUCCACACCGAGCGUCUGCCCACCCAGCACCCUGCCCGCCCUCCGCCCACUGCCUGAUAAGCCAUACACUUCCCAGCAGCCACUCAGCACCCAGGAUCCAUCCCCAUGCCCACCAGUGCCCCACGGCACGUUUGCCUGCUCUGCCUCUGGCCAGGGGCCUUCAGGACUGGAUUUAAGGAAUGCUCAAGCAUGAAAUUUUCUUGUGGACUUGCCCUUCACCUCUGGGUGAGGUGCGGUGGGGAGAGAGCCCACCUCUGGCUGGAGCAAACCCCACCAUCAGCUGGCCAGAGGCACUGUUUCCUGAGGGAGUGGGAAUCUCGCUGCUCCUCAAGCCAUUGCCAUCGUCUCCUUUUAUUUUUCCUCCCCAAAGACCACUAGGGAUUCAGCCAUCCUAUGUAGAUAGAAUAUUAUAGCCUUAACUAUGCCAAUAGAUAGAUUAGAAUCUCCUGGGGUCUCCCCUUGACGUGACUUAGGGGUUUUAUUCUCAUUUCCUUGGCGUGGAUAUAUUUCGUCUUGCAGGGAGAACAACCAAAACCUUCGAAAUUGCACAAGGUGCGAUGCCAAGAGCCUGAGCCCUGCCGGGAUGGCCCCUGGCUCUGGGGCUGUGAGUGCAGCUGGUCUCUGGUGGGAGCAGGAACGCCGGCAGCGCUGACACCAGCACAGUUCCCUGGCUAUUUCUUUCGGGAAAGCCGUGGUUCUGACAACAACCAGCCCGGCAGCGUGAGGGCCCAGAGGCCACCGCGGGGUCCCCAAUCCACCACCAGUGACUAUCACUGCCAGGGAACAGUCCUUGUGCCAUUUCAGCCUCACAGCAAGGUUUGGUGUCUCUUCUGCCACAAAAUCUCCCCACUUCUCAUCCCACCUUAGUGAACACGAGCAGCUCUGGCUGAGACUGAGCAUCUGCUAUUGGCAAUUGCCUCAUUGUAGCUUUGCCUUUUUCUGUCCUAGUAUUUCCUCACGAUGAUGAUGUUUACAUGUGAUUGCUAUAGAGCUUAUGUAGAAUGUAUAUAGCGACACAUUUAGGGUGGGUAGUACUGUCCUGUGCUGUGCUGAUGUUUUUCAGAAAACGAUCAAUCCAAAAAAAAA